AUGCCUCGCCAAUCUCGUUCCCGUCCCGCCGCUCGCCCCGCCAGCUCGUCCUCGUCUUCUCCCUUUGGCAACUCGAGCGGCCAAACUCGCCAAGCUUCGACAGCUGCUUACCCUCCCCAAGCUCAACCCUAUGGAGCCUACCCUCAACAAGCCCAGGCUCAACAGAGACAACCUGGCUUGCUCGCUCAGAUGGCCGCCACAGCCAGUUCGGUGGCUGUCGGUUCUACCGUCGGUCAUGGAUUGAGCAACAUGUUGUUUGGUGGGAGGAGUGAGGCGCCUGUUGAACAGCAGGCACCACCUCAGCAGCAGUAUGCUCCCCAGAACUCGGGACUGAGCUGUGAUUUCCAGGCAAAGGAAUUCACCAAAUGCAUGGAGCACGGCGAUAUCAACACUUGCGGUUGGUACCUUGAGCAACUCAAGGCUUGCCAAGCUGCUGCCCGUCCUUAUUAA